AUAACAGUCUUUGUGUUAUAAUCUUAGUUUAGCAAUGAUUCAUUCCUUCACCAUCCGUCUCUCUCUACGUCUCUUGGCUCCCGAAACCCGGCAGCCGAAGAAAAGAGAACCCGCCCGAGCGGCUGCCCGGCCCGAGCCGGCGAUCCCGGGCGCAGGUCACCGUUGGCGCUAUGGCUCAGGCGGAAUCCGAUGGAUGGCAGGUACCCACUCCGUUGGAGGUUUCGAUGGCCUCGAUGGUGCCUACAGCAUCGGAUCCUUCAGACAGGACCCUCCCGGUAGACGAGGAGUCCGCCCGGCCAGAGCUGCAGGGCGUGCGGUUCCGCUUGCCGGAGCAGGGGUCCAGUGAAAUGAGCGAUUGGAUCAAGGAUGCGUGGUCAUCUUCCGACAACAGGUCGCUGUGGCGCUAUCCCAGCAAGCCUGGCAGCAUGCCAGAGUACUUGUGCAGGCAGAACGCGGUGCUGGGACACCGCCGGUCACCGCGGAGACGGGGUCAAGCGGACGAAAGGGCCUUUCGCAUCAAGACCUUCAGUCUCAUGACUCUUCAGCUGGCAGUGGUCUUCAGCCUCAUGGUGACCGUGGACCACUACCAAAUAUGGAGCAACGUCUUGAGCGAAAUGCAAAAGGGCCAUUUCCAGGAUGUUGGGCAGGAGGUGAUCUUUUACAGCGCCGGUUUCGCGACGCUCCUGUGCAUCAUGGCGAUGUUUUGUCUCAAGGAGCGCUUUCCGCUGAACUACUGGCUCAUGGCGGUGACCACGGUGAUGUCCGGGAUGUUCUGGGGCAUGACACGGGCAGUGGUUCAGACCACGAUGCACUUCCAGAUCGUGGCGAUCCUCUUCUGCUCGAUGUUGGGAGCGACAGUGGCUUCCCAGGUCUUACAGAAGCAGCGGGGUCCAAAGCUUUUGAUCCUCAGCUUAGCGCCUGGGUGGGCGCUGGGUGCUUCCUGCAACGUGCUCGUGAGCCGUCUCCUACUCAGAGAGCUGGAUCGCGUCAUUUUGGGCUCGACAGGACUCUCCAUGUUGCUGCUUUGCAUCUUUUCGAUGGAUUCAGGCAGGUACCUGCUCCAUUGCAAGCCGGAUGAUUUCAUGAAAGUGGUGGUUUCGAUGGACUCCACCCUCAUGGUGGUCGUGAGCAUCCCCUUCUUCGUGCUCUCCUUCUGCUUCAUCCACACGGGAGAGGCCGUGAUCGAGGAUGAGCAGGAACAAGAGGUGGCACAGGUGGUACGGGAGGAUCGCCGGGAGCAGGUGCAGGAGCAGCCCGCUCCGCGGGCCGUGGGCAACGAAGAGGCCGUUGGAUGCGCUUGGCAAACGUGGUGAGUUAGCCGUGACGUGAACCACCCACAGCUGAAUGGUUCUCUAGAUUUCGAAACUUUUUCAGGGUAGAAGAAUGGGGGGUCCUUCGGUGUUGAAGCCUUUUGAAGGGGUGUCGAUGGUGAGGAUAGAAGCUUCGUCAACAUCUUAAUUUUCGACCAGGGAGCAGCUUAAUCACUGCUGCCCCACCAUGAUCUCCCAUCAUCUCAGGCGGCAUGGCCUCCCAUUCCACGUGCGCAGGAUCCGGAGGAUCUCAUCGCCUACCGCGUUUGAUGCGCAGAUGGGCGGCAGAGGGGUGGAAGAAGUGGCCUCCAGAUAGAGGGGCUCAUCUUGAAGUGGUGAUUCUUUUGGAAAAGACCGGGGAUCCUUUUUAAACACCUUUUUGCCUUGUUUAUGUUUCCCUCUCAUGACUUUGGGAUUCUGGUUGUUCCCUGAUUGGUCAAGGUUGGUCACUACUAUUUCGACUAUUUCUUUCAAUCUUUCUCAUGUGACAAGGGCUAGGUGGAGUUUGAUUUCUGCAUGGUGUGAGUGGUAUCAGGGUUCCGACAUGUUCCGACCAACUUCGACAUCAGCUGAGGAUGGCGGGUGGGGAGGCCAUGCAAGCCGGGUGUCAUCCGGCUUUGCGACUGAUUC